AUGAGGAAAAGGAAGGAUGCUGAGGGAGAAGAUAUGGAAAAUAGUAGCAACACUAAAGCCAAUUGGGAUCAGUCAAACAACGGUGGCGGGCCACUGGUCGGAGGCCCCAUACGCGCACGAAAACGCUUCGUUGGUGUACGCCAACGGCCCUCAGGAAGAUGGGUGGCCGAGAUUAAAGACACCAUACAACAAAUAAGAGUAUGGUUAGGGACGUUUGAUACCGCUGAGGAGGCUGCUAGAGCUUAUGAUGAAGCGGCGUGUUUGCUUCGCGGAUCAAACACUCGAACCAAUUUUUGGCCGUGUAAUCCAUCUAAAAAAUCUCCCGCUCUUUCUUCCAAAAUCACUAAGCUUAUGCUUCAAAGACUUAAAGCAAAGAAUGGUGUCAGUCUUGAAAAUAUUGGUGCUUUUAACACUUCAAUGACCUCUUCACAUUCUUUACAAAAUCAUAAACUUCAAGAGUCAACCCAUGUUCAAGAUUCUGACUUUAACCAAAUCUUUGACAUCCCAGAUGCUACUAGUGAUAGUUUUAGUGCAAGUUCUGAAUAUUGUUCAAGAAAUGAUGUUUUAGGUGAGAAUUAUUUAGUUGGAGAUGAGCCUAAAGUGGAGGAAAACAAAGAGAUUGACUUGGGUUUGACCGAUUUAUUAUGCGUUGACAAUGUUGUUGAUUCAUCCAUCAACUAUUCUCUAUUUGAGAUUGCAGAUGAGAUAACCAAAGAAAACUACAUUGAGGACCCAUCCAUCCUUAGUGAAGCCAUGAAGAGAAUGAAGUUCGAAAGGAAUGUUUUGGCUUCUCUUUACGCAUUUAACGGGAUAUCUGAAUGUUUGAAGAUGACGGAGAACCCAAAGCAUGAAAAGUUAUCAACACUUGGUCCGAAUCAUAACGUAGAAAAUGAUUUAGGUAACGUAGUAGAAGAGAAAUCCGAGAAUGGGCAUAGUUUCACUAGUAUGGAAUCAUUUUCGUCUUCGAGUAGCAAGGAAGGAGAUGAAGCUUAUCUUUGGAGUUCUUUUGAUCUUGAUUCACUAGAUAUGUUCUUUAGAGGAUCAAACUAA